GGGAGGAGUACUAAAGGGUGGACCCUACCAUAAGCACCGAGAUUUGCACUGUUUUGCGGAUCUCACCGACACGUGGCGGUAUUGAUUCGUUUGUAAUUUUUUCUUUCUUUUUUUAAUCAGACAAAAAUAAAAAAAUAAGCAUCCUAUUUGAGGUUUAUGGGUUAAAGAUAUUCUUAUUGGUUGAAAUGUGCGUGACCUAUCACCAACUAUCCAAUCGUGAAUAGCCAUAUUAUUAUAGAGAGAUGUGUGUGCGUAGCAUAUUAUUACAGAAAUAUCUUUCUUUUUCAUUUAAUUUAAUUUUCAUAGGUACAUAAACUAUAUCCAAAAAAUCUUAAACACUAAAUUCUAUGACAAAAAAAAAUAGAGUUACAGAACCAAUCAUCCACAUUAUUUUCAGUGGAGUAAAACAUAUUAAACCCAAGCAUAUAUACAAUCAAUAAUACCCAAACUCCUGUAUAUGGAUAGCUUUCUAGGCAUAUGCUCCAAGUCUAUUUUUCGUAUCCAAGUCUAUUAAUGAGAUUCACGAAUACUAAAUUCCAUCAAAAGUGCGGGGAACCAUUAACGUAUUCGUAUCAUAAUUUAAUUAUUAUCCAUAGACUAUUAUUGACUUGAAAGGUUGAUGAUUUAUAGUACUAGAUUAAUUAGCAACAAAUUAUUGUUACAAAAACCAAAUAGUAUUGAUAUAUGUUUGCAUAUUCCGUUUAUUGUAGUAAUUGGCGUGAAUAACUUUUCUUUUGACUACUAUUUCAGUUGAAGUUAAUAUCACCAAAAAAAUAUUGCCAUUUUCAAAAUUCUCGGAUGAUCAUAAAUAAUUUUAUUUAUUCCAUUUCAAAGAAAAACAAAUCAUCCGACGCGUGAGGAUAUAUAGCUCACCAUUAAAAAUGGGAACAUUUGGUAGACCGUAAUUAAUGACUUAAUAUGUAUUCAAAGCUUAAAGAUCACACGUGAUCACCUAGUCCAAACCAACUAGAUAUUCAAAUAUACAAAAACCUCGUUAUGGCAAAACAAUAAAGCCUCUUACCAAAUUAAAAUAUAGCCAAAACAAAUAUGGUAACUUUGAUACGGACGUGAAUUCGAGACUUGGUCACGAUUGUGUUAAUUAGCAUGCAGAAAAAGAAAUAACCGUCCUUGACCAUUGACCAACACUUGGUCCUAUAUAAAAUAACCAUACACUAUUCCGCUAAUUCACAAGCUCCUUUGCUCUUUCUCAUACCGUAAGCAACAAGAAACACAUUAAUCAAAAGCUAACUCUAUUUUAUAACUCAAUGCAACUCUCCAAGGAUCAAGAGACGCCGCCGUCUCCGCCUCGCUCACCACCACCGAAGCUGAGUACGGUGGCGUGCCCCUCAAGAAAGCCAAGGGAGAGGACUUCGAGCCCUUUUUCUGAGGUGUUGAGACGCAAGCGACCACCGAUGCUUAACCGAGAGUUGUUUCCUCAGGCUCCACCGUGGAGCAAAGAGCCGGUGAAGACGCCGCCGUAUGAGGAUGUUGAAGCUGAGAAAGAUGGAGUUUACUCCGUUUACUGCAAAAGAGGAAGGCGCCGAUGGAUGGCGAUGGAAGAUAGGUACUCCGCCGUGGUUGAUCACGACGGAGGAGGGCGUAGAAAGGCUUUCUUCGGCGUUUACGACGGUCACGGUGGAUCCAACGCGGCGGAGUUCGCGGCCAAGAAUCUCGGUAACAACAUUGAGGCGGCGGUGGCGGCGGCGAGAUCCGGAGAAGACGGUUACUCGAUUGAGAGAGCGAUAAGAGAGGCUUACCUCAAAACGGACGAGGAGUUCUUGAAAGAAGGCUCGGGAGGCGGCGCGUGUUGUGUAACCGCUCUUAUAUCGAACGGCGAGCUUGCGGUUUCAAACGCCGGAGAUUGCAGGGCGGUGAUAAGCCGCGCUGGAGUUGCGGAAGCUCUUACCACCGAUCACAGUCCUAAUCAAGAAAAUGAACUCAUAAGGAUUAGAGCUUCGGGUGGUUAUGUUGACUGUCAUCACGGCGUGUGGAGAAUUCAAUGGACACUAGCCGUCUCACGUGCAAUUGGAGACGAGUAUCUCAAGAAGUGGGUAAUAGCUGAACCGGAAACCAGAACAUUAAAGAUUAAACCGGAAUUGGAGUUCUUGAUCUUAGCAUCUGAUGGCCUUUGGGAUAACGUAACGAACCAAGAGGCGGUUGAUGUGGUUCGACCGUACUGCAUAGGCGUGGAGAAUCCAAAAACACUUACUGCUUGCAAGAAACUAGCCGAGCUAUCGUCUACGAGAGGGAGCUUGGAUGAUAUUAGUGUCAUCAUAAUUCAGCUAAAACAGUUUGUGGCAUGAUCCUAGUAUUCAGCUAAACUUGAUUAAAAUCAUUAGGUCUUGACUUAUUGAUUAUUAUGUUCGGUAUUUAUAUGUAAAUAUAAGUUUCAAACACAAUUUCAAACAUUUAUCAAUAUUAUUAUUCUUGGGGAUAUCAAGAUCCAAGUGUCUUUAGCUUGCGAUAUG